AUGUCUGAUCAUGUCUUGUAUACAAAACCGCUGCUAGUUACAGAAGAAAAAUUAAGAGAAGCUCGAGAGAAACAAGAAAAACAGCGGGCAUUAAGGGAAGCACUGGAUAAACAAAUAGAACAAACGAAAAAACGAAAGCAUAAUGAUGUAUCUAAGGACAAACCCACUUCACUUGUUGGCGGUCCACAGGAGAAACGUUACACAUUUAGUUAUGAAAAUGGUCAUGGAAAGUUUGUUUUGCGAGAUGAUAGUACAGAACAUGGUGGUAAUCCAACUACAACGAGAAUGCUUAUGAAUACUCGAUAUAUUCCACCAGAUCCCAUCUCUACACAACGUCCUUCCUAUCAAUCAAAUUCACUUCCCCCUAAUUUUUCUAUGAGUACCUCAGAUGCGAAUCCUUUGGUACCUAAACGACCUGAAUAUAAUACUAAUUCUGUUCCUGUUGAUUUGGUAUAUAAUAUAUCCAAACAAAAGGAUCUUACAAAUAUCAGUCCUCCACAAGUACGGGAAAAUGUUCCACGAGGAAUAACUCCCAGGGGUAGUCCAGCAUCAGGAGGUUUAACUGAUGAUAAUGAAUAUCAAACAAAUUGUCUACCACGUAACUUCAACUUGGAGGAAGUCAAAAGUCAACUUCAACAUCAAUCACAACCGCAAUCGCAAAGACAUCCUCGAAGUCCUGGUCGAGCACGUGUACUCCCAUCUGGUGGAACACAAUCGCCAUUCGCACGUUCUCCCCGAACUCCACGACGACCGGGAGGUCCUUUACCACCGUUAGAAAUUCACGAAGUUGGAAAUGGUAAGCGGACUCCAGUUAGAGAUUUUCCAGAGAAUGUAGGAACGGUAUCACCUCCACGUGAACAAUUAGCAGUUCAACCUCAAAACGGUGGGGUAUCGCGACCCGUAAAACCAAAACAACCUUUAGCUCUACGAGGAAGAUCUAAUGAUGGACGUGCACGAGGGGCUCCAGUUCCUUCAGUACCACGUAAUAAUAUUCCGACUCGAGUCGUAGAGAAUAAGGUGGAAAUGUUACAAAAGGAGUUAGAGUCACGUGAUGUAGAAAUGGCUAAACUACGAGAAAAAGAAAAAAGCUGGGAAGAACAGGUAAAACAGUUAAAAUUAGAGUUAAAAAGUGCAAAAAAGAAAGAACGAGAUUUGAAUAAAUUGGUAAAAGAAGGACCAAGAAGAGCAGAAACAGCUCCUGAUCAACCUAUUGUAUCUCCACCAGUCUUAAGCUCUCCUGCUAUUGGAGGUAAAAAAACCAAUGGAGGUCCAUCAGGAGGAGGAGGACCUAUGUUAGGAAAAAAACAAGACUUUGCCAAAAGUCGUAUAUUUACGCAUAAAAAUUUUCGCCCUAUUAGUGCCCCAUCUGAGACCGUGUCUAUUGUAGAUCACCCCUCAGCACGAGAACCUUUACCACCUUUACAAGAUUCCUUUAAGUGUGCCUCUGUUUUAACAAGGAAAACAGCCUUUGGUCUUCCAGAGGAACAUGCAAACCGACCAGUGCCUAUAGAGUAUGAACAUCUUUUACAGUUUGUGAAUGAGCAAAUCAUUACACAACAACAAGCAGAUGGAUUGUGGCGUCUCUUUACUAAUGGGGCACCCCCACUUGCGCUUUUACGUCGACAAUCCGGGGCUGUUUGUCCCGUUGAGGAAGUUGUACUGAAUAAAAGUUACAGAAGUGAAGAUAUCGAUAUUACAUUACACGAGUCAGAUCAUUGUUUCAUAAAUAAUGAGGGCAAAACUGAAGAAGAGGAAGAAGAAGAUAAUAAAAAAGGUAUGGAAUUCGAUAGUAAUGCUGAAAUAUCAUCAGUUCAUUACGAAACAGAGCGUGACACCUUUGAGACGUUUGCGGAACUUCACCUAGAUGAUUAUCUUUCUCAGGAAGGGCCAGAUGAAGAGCAAAUAGAGGAGAGAAGUAGUGAAAGAAAUGGAUCAAGUGAGAAAAGCAGGCGAAGGUAA